AUACAGGAAGCAAUGUUUAUUAGUACAAGGAAAGGGUGUGUGUAACAGAGCAGCUGAGAACAAAGCGUGGAACAGGCAGGAGGAUUCUAAAUUUAUUUGCAUAUGUGCGUACUAAAGAAUAUGUCUCCAGUUUGAGAUCACUGGCAAAUAAUCCCACAUAGUACAAUAAGGAGGAGCCCCCAAGACGAUUGAACAGAUCUCAUCACUUCAGAAGCACAGGGGCAGCUGUGGAAGAGCUGGGAGAGAACAUCUCAACUUGAACAAAGACCAUGCAAGACCCUUCAAGAAAUUCAGGGACCGCGGCAGACAAGUCAAGAACUACAGGUUCACAGAUAUUUGUGCUGCUGGUCUGGACCGCACUCAGCAUAGCCAUGAUUGUUUUAGGGUCCAUCUACAUCGACAAAUGUGCAAUACAGCCGAAGAUCCCAAUCUACCUUAUAGUGGCUGGUGCAGUUCAUUUAGUUGGAUUUUUGCUGUUGCCGCUGAAGGUUGUUGCUGAGAAAGUGAUGUAUUUCGUAGAGGGAGUGAUGGGCCUCUUUUCAUUGUGUUGGUUUAUUACAGGAAGCGUUUGGGUGUUUAGCAUCUACCAGACUAACCCUAGGGACUGCAAUGAUACAGUUUACAAAUUUGCAUUUGGGAUCCUUAUUUUUGAAUACAUAUUUAUAGCUUUUAUUUUUGUAAUGGUCUGCCUAUGCACAUGCUGCAUUGGUUGCCUGACAACAAGCGGUGAUACUGAAAGAGCACGUCUUAGUAAUAAUGAACCCUAAGGACAAACACUGGAGUAAUGUACAUGGAGCAUGGUGAAUAAUGCAGCUUGCAUGAUGAGAAUGAAAAACACAUACAGUAUCUUUUAUAUAUGCACUCCUUCAUGUUGAUUGAAAUAAAGUUAUCUUUUCAUUAUA